AUGAACCCAGACCGGCCUCGAGAGCCACACUGGCUGUUACGUCCGUUCAUCGAUAAUCGUGUCUUUGUAGAUCUGAGGGAAGGCGUGCAGCCCACUUUAGCGGCAUUAUUUCUCAAGUGGACUUUCAGAGCUACGGAUCACCCUGGCACAGCGCGACCUCUGCGAAAUGGCGACUGGUAUCCCAUGCGGCCAACUGUUGAUGACUAUGGGCACGAACAACCGCUGGGAGAGGGUGGUGUUGGUGUAGCGCAUCUCUGGGGCUGCAUAGACGAGAACAACCGCGUGAUCGAUCGCGUCAUUGUCAAGAACAACUAUCCUGGUACUGCAACUUGGUCGCGUCCGCACAUGUGGCGUGACGGGCAAAUUGGAGGAGAGCCUCGGGAGAGCAUGAUUGGCAACCAUGUAUACAACGAGCUAGAGGCCGCAAAUCCUGGAGACGGCAAAUAUGUCACUCGGUGUUUUGGUUACGGAGGCGUUUACAAGCUUUACCUGGAGUACUGCCCUUUGGGGGAUCUAUGGGACCAGAUAUCCAGGCAAGCCGAGUCAGAAGAGGUACCUGUCAGAAAGAAGAGAGGCUCUAAUGGUCGCUUGCGUGUUGAGAAAGUAAGGAGCCCAAGCGGUCGUUUUCGUGCAAAGACUAAGACCAUUGAAAACUUCCCCUACCAUGAGGGAUUCGUAUGGAUGAUGUUUGAAGCAUUGGCAAAAUGUGCUGUUGCUAUGGAGAGGGCGAACUUUGUGCAUGGAGAUAUGGCGCCUUCGAACAUCUUCCUUGAUGAGAACAAUUCUAACAGGUUCAAAAUAUGGCCACUUCCCAAGUUGGCCGACUUCGGCUCCUCGCGCUACAUCGAUCCAGCUACUAAAGAUAGAUCUGCCGGUCUCAACGAAUCAAUCCAAGAAUUACAUGCACCGCCAGAACUUAUGUCAAUUCCUGAAGGAUGGGAAAUGCCUGGCCUCGAGGUCACACACAGGACAAAUAUCUGGCAAAUAGGCAUGAUCAUCAUUUGUAUGAUGCGUCUUGACCCCGAACUACCGUAA